UUAUACCAUACAAGAAAAGUUCAGAUCUCCUUUUCAUCAUUCAUUCAUUUCCUUUUGUGUUGUCUUGAAGUGCAAAUGGAUUCGAUGGCGUCCGAAUAUGAUCUUCAUCUUCCUCAUCGUAAAAGCCUUCAGAAUUCUAGGGUUCCGAUUUCCAUGAACAAGAGCUCUCACGUGACCAAGACCAAGCCUAAGAUUCGUAUAAUCCAUAUAUUUGCACCGGAGAUCAUCAAGACCGACGUCAAGAACUUCCGUGCCCUCGUCCAGAGCCUAACCGGAAAACAUGCCGUUGAGGCGGCCAAAUCCGGUAGAAGGAGAACCAAACCGGAAAAUCCGGUUAUCACAAACCAAGAUUCGACGGGUGAUCAUGAUCAGGUCAACAGGCUGGCAGGAUUUUCCGGUACUUUGCUAGCCAGCAGUUCUGUGAAGACAGAACGGCCGUUAGGUGAGUUUUCGGAUCCAAACGUCGACUUCGAUUUGGAGGGUUUGAUCGAUCUCGAAGAUGGUUUUUCCACGUUUCACAUGAAACCCUCUCAUCACAUGGAUCAUGGUUUCAUGUUGAACAACGCCUCCGAUCAGACAAAAGGUCAUCACUUGCCUUGACAUAUUUGGAUUCUAUAUAUUGGUGUAUAAAACUCAAAUCGACAUCUAGUGCUAAUUUUCCAUUGUGUGUCUCUAUAUAUAUAUAUAUUGCCUCAAUUUCGAUGCUCUUGCAUGGGUACGUACACGACGAGGAAUUAACCCGGUUAAAUGAUUUUGCCGACAGAGUGUAAUGCAGAGAGCUUAUGUGCAGCCCUUGUCGGAGAAAUAUCACUCACCCACGUUGUCCAAAAAAAAUCUUACUUGGGGCACAUAAAAUGUAACUUGGUGUACUAUUUUUUUUUAUAAUAUAAAAGUUCACCAUGUCUUUGAUC